AUGUCUCCCAUUCUUGCCCGCCUCGCCGCCCGCAACGUCGCCUUCCGCGGUGUUCAGCAGCAACAGAGAACCUUCUCCGUCUACAAGUCCCUCCGGCAGUUCGCCCGCUCCUUCGAGCACGCCCCCUUUGAGCGUCUGCCCGUCUCGACCAACUCUGCCGCCGCCGACUGGGGGAGACAGAUCAAGAGGGUUGGAAAGCAGGGUGCUGUUUACUUCCCUGCCAUUGGCAUGAUCCUCGGGUGGCCAUACCUUGCUGCUUCGGGUCUAGAUGGUCGUGUUUAA